AUGGCUUUCGCAGCGUACCAACCUAAGGCGCGGGUCCAGAAGCCCGCUCCCCACUUCUCUGGCACUGCAGUUGUCGACGGCACAUUCGAAGACAUUAGCUUAACAGCAUACACAUCCACCAAGCAAUGGCUCGUCCUGGGUUUCGUUCCCAUGGCCUGGACUUUUGUUUGCCCAACCGAAAUCCUCGCCUUUAGUGAACGCGCUUCCGAUUUCGCAGCCCGUGGCGCCAGCGUCGUCUUCUCCAGCACAGACAGCGAGUAUAGUUUGCUCGCUUGGACGAAUGCGAGCAAGAAGGACGGAGGCCUGGGCAAGAUCAACAUUCCGCUGCUGAGCGACAAGAACCAUAGCAUCGCCAAGGACUACGGUGUGCUGAUCGAAGAGGAGGGUAUUGCGUUACGAGGGCUCUUCUUGAUCGACCCCAAUGGCAUCGUACGACAGAUUACUAUCAACGAUCUUCCUGUUGGAAGAUCAGUCGACGAAACGCUUCGCCUGAUCGAUGCCUUCCAAUUCACCGACAAAUAUGGCGAGGUCUGCCCCGCGAACUGGAACCCUGGUGAUGAAACCAUCAAAGCAACACCCGCAGGCAACAAGGAGUACCUCGACAAGCUUCACGCCGACACCAAGAUGUCGGACGUUGCCGCAAAGACAAAUGGUACGGCUUCCUCGGGACAUUAA